UCUCUUUUCAUUAUUUAAACAUAUGCAACUUUCGACAGAUCACUCUUCACCAUCAAGUCCAUCUUCUACCACCAAAAGUCAUGAAAACCUUGAUCCUAAUUCAACGGAUAGCAACAAAAGAUCUGUGGAAACCCCUGAUACAUCAGUAGCUUCUAAACGCGCAAAGAUAAUAGAUCAACGACCAGUUAUCCCAAUUAUUCCUAGUACUAUGAAGCUUGCACCAAGGCCAAUCGCUUUACCACAACUCAAAUCAACGGCAGAAAUAGAUACGGAACCAAAAUCUAAUGUUUCUACUAUCAACACAGAAAGAAAACCUUUAACGACUGUCUCCUGUAGAAGUGAUACCUUCACUGUACUUCCAACCUUACUACCAGCAUCUCAACAACCUCUUACACCUUCACCAGCAAAAGAAACUUUGGAUAAUGUCAAUAGCAAGCGAGAGGCAACACCAAUCAACAUGAACAAUAUUCCACUAGCAACAGUGUCUGCAUUAUCAGAGUUUGAUCUUACACAAGCGCAGCAAGCAUUGACACAAGCUGCUUUAACCUCCUCGACAAUACACACUCCUCCUCAAAAACAAUCUACUACAGAGAACUCCAACGUACAUACGGACACUCAAAAUAUACUGAAAGACAUGGCUCAGAAAUAUGCAUCCGGAGGAACGACGUUGGAACAAUUGCAACAACACUCUUUUUUGACGGCUGAUCUCCUUCGACGUGAAUUGAUGAAUCAAAAGGUUAGAGCUGAUAACCGGGAAAGAAAGAAAAGAUGGCGAGAACAAAAUGAAGAAAGAAACAAGGAUAAUGAUUUACGAUGUAGAGUGAACAAACGGGCACAUAAACUAUAUGGCAAGGAAGACAGCGAACAAAAACGCCAAUGGAUAGAAGAGGAAUUUGCGAAAAGACAACAUAGACGUAAAGAAAAAGAACAACGUAGGAUAGCAACUGACAGCAGUAUGAAAUCAGCAUCAAAUUCAUCAAGUGUGACAUCCCAUCCUGUGACGAACAAUGGUUCUUUUGGCUUAAACAUAGAAUCUCCUGGUGUCAAUCUACCACUUUUGCAAGAAGCGUAUUUAUCCAUGAUGUACAACAAGGAUGAAUCAUCCACUCAAUCGGCAGUACAAAAACUUGCUGAGGGACUACGACUCAUGGGAACAGCUAUCAAGGCAGACGGGCGCAGCGAAGAUCCAACUCUACCUCAGCAACUGGCGUCAUCACUUCAACAACUUUAUCAAUUAUUGCAUCAGUCUUCAACAGAAUCAUCACCAAAGAAAUCACAAGAUUCAGUAUCUGUAAAAUCAUCCACUGCUACAUCUUCAGCAGCAAAAGUGACAGUAGGAGCGUCCACUGUGAAAUCGCCUAUGAAUAUAUCAUCAACAGAGGACUCAGCAAAAGAAACAUCAUUAGAAAAAACCAACACGCUUGGAACGACAGUAGUAUCAUCAACUGUGUCAUUACCUUAUACAUCUCCUUCCGUCAAUACUGCAUCGACAAUUAAACCAGUAAUAUCAACAGAGUGUCAUGAAAUGGAUACAAUGAUAACCAAUGGAGCCGAAAUAUUAAUCAAAGAAGAAGACAUAUCGACAACAAUGACAGCAGGAUGCGAAUUGAAAACAAAGAAACCAUCAUCGCCUUUAUUAUCGUCAUCAUCAUCAACAACAACGACACCAGCACCAACACCAACAGGAUGCCAGCAAGAGACUCAGGUUACAAAUGAUGAAUUGUCUGCUCUAUUGAUACAAACUCUUCAACAGACCGCUUUUGUAUCUCAAGAAAAACAAGAUAACAUGACAACACCCUCCUCUCCAGCAACGGCAGAUCUCCUUUUGAAUGAUAUUCCACAAGAUCCAAGCCAAUUAUACCCCAUGGAAGCUAUUAGAACUCUCUUGAAAUUGAACACAGAAUGGAUAAAACAGUAGUUGAAACCGGUGAUUAGAUAGAUAGAUGAUACGUUAUUUUGUCUUGUUGACAAAUCAUUUGUAUUCUAUUAUGAUAAUAAUAAAAGAUGAAUAAUUAAAAAAAAAAAAAAGAAA